AUGGCUUCGGCCUCGCUGGCUGGCGCCCAGAGUUCAGACUCGGAACAUACACUUGCUGCUUUCGCUUUCGUUCGCACGGGAGAACGGACACCCAUCUUGCGCAAUGAUACCCAGACUCUUACCAAUCUCGGCGCGACCCAGAUGCAUGCGCUUGGUCAAAAGUUCAGAUCAAAGUUUGUUUCCGGUCCUGAGUCUAUUGCGGGACUAUCAGAGGAUGUCCUGAACAACGACCAGAUUUGGGUUCAGACUCUCGAUGCGCCAUACCUGGUAUCGUCGGCGCAAGCCUUCAUGCAAGGGCUUUACCCACCACAUGGCAUCAGCAACGCAACUGAUGACAAUACGGGUGUCCUCGCUGACGGUACUUCGGUCGACUACCCGCUCAACGGAUAUCAGUACGCUAGCAUCCAUGCUGCGAAUGUGUACGACCCAAUUUCGCGACUUGUAUCUGGAGCUGGACAAUGUCCACAGGGACAAACCGACGCACUGAGAUAUUUCACGACUCAAGAAUAUCGGGACGCCGAGUAUUUGGCAGACAACAGUGAACUGUACAAGAACCUCCCUCUAGAUUGGUUCGAAGGUCACGUCAAUCAAGAUGAACUGUCAUAUAUGUAUGCACUUGAACUGGCAGACUACUUAUCAUACCAAUACAUGCACAACGCUAGUAUCUACAAGACCCUAGCAAACAAUGAGUCCGGCUUAUACGAUACGCUCCGAUCCCGCGCCGACGAAGUAGCCUGGUAUCUCUACGGCAACACCUCAGCCUCCGACACCAGCAACCGAGCCAUCGGCGGCAAAACGCUCGCCGGCUCGAUCCAAAACACCUUCGACAUGCUCGUAUCUGGCAAGAACAACAGCGCCGGCGAUCUCAGCAGCGCAGGCCAGAUCAGCACGCCCAGCCCACUCACCUUCUUCUUCGGCGAACAAGACGCCAUGAUGAGCCUCAUGUCCUUAAUGAUGCUCGACACACAGUCCGCCGAAUUCAAAUCCAUCCCACCCUACGGCUCCGCCAUGAUAUUCGAACUCUUCAGCACCAGCUCCAACACAGCCAUGCCCAGCGACCCCGACGACCUCUGGGUACGCUUCUACUUCCACAACGGCACAGACGCAGACGACAAGCCACUGCAAUCCUACUCCAUGUUCAACAACGGGCGUUCCAAGACAGACAUGCGAUACACAGAGUUCGAAAGACUCUUCAGCACCAUCUCCAUGCAGGGCCUAAGCGACUGGUGCGAAACCUGCAGCACAGGAGCUUUCUUUUGCCGCGGCGCAGACGGCAGCGGCGUCACGCUCGUCGUCCCCGCUACCCACGAAAGACCAAGUAAAAACGGCGUCUCCCCCGUCGUCGGCGGCGUAAUCGGCGCCGUCGUGUCCCUCGUUGUAGCAGGUCUUCUCUUCGCACUCGCUAUGUUACUCACCGGACUCCGCUUCCACCGCGUCGAGCACCGUCUUGGUGGCAACCUUCGUAGUCAGAAAUCGGAUCUUGGCGGCUUCAAGGGCUCGGCGAAGUUGGCGUCGGAUCCGGAUGUUCGUCUUGCCGGGAACGGGGUGCCGCCUGCGACGAAUAACGCGGGGAUUAUUAGUUUUGGCGGUGAUGGUAAGAGGGGGCAUGAGAGGGUGGGCAGUUGGGAACUUAGGCAGAAGGAGUUUGGGAAGGAUGUUGGGGAUGUGAGUCCGAGGAGUAGUUUUGGGGGGAUUGAUGGGGUUGCUGUUAGGGGGGUUGAGCCGCGGGAUCAGGUGUGA